UUUUGGGCUCCUUCCUCCUCCGCUGAAAAAACAACUCAUCCAUCCAUCCAUCCAUCCGCCGAAUCGUCUCCAUCGUCCAACCACGCAAAAACAAAACAGAACAAAACAAAUACAACACAACACAGCAAAUAUGCAGUUCACGCUUAGCACGCUCCUCGUUGCCGCCGUCGCGUUCAUUGGCUUGACCAUGGCCGCACCCAUCGGAAAGCUCGCCGCCCGUCAGGUCAUCACCUUCGGCGACGACGGAGUCCCGUCCAUGUCUGGCGCCGGCGGUGCGUCCCCCCGCUCUGGCUGGGUGUUUUUUCUUCUUCCUAUUUUUUCUUUCUUCGCUUCGCUCGGCUGGCUAGACGCUACUAUACGUUUCUUUGAUUUGUUGCUUCAUUCCAUGGCUGGAUCUUUGGGUUUUUUUCUUCUUUUCUUCUGCCCGGCUGUGCCUGUGGCUCUUCUUACCCCGUGCGAUCGCUUUGGUCCCCGGGGCUUUCUUCUUUUUCCCCUUUUUCUUAUUUCAUCUAACGGAUCACUUGGUCCCGCGGGCUUCUUCUUCUUCUUCUUCCUCUUCUUCUUGGGGGGGGGGGAGGGGGGGUGUUUUUAUAGUGUUGGUUGAUUGGACGAGGACGGUGGCGGGGGGCAUUGGGCAUUGGGACGUAACUGGAGGUGGCGGAUAAUCGGUGGGGCCGUCCUUACUUUGUCAAGGGGGAUGGCCGGGACGAGGGACGAGGGAGUGUAGGAUAUGUACGAGCUGGCUACUUAAGUGGCUAUAUGUAGUGGAAUACUUACGACGUUACGAGUUCACGGAAUCGUCUGUCUGUCCGCGUGCGUGCGUGCGUGCGGUGAUAUUGGG